AAAUUUGGUGGUGAAAUUUCCCCACGUCGCGACUGCAUGCGCCCGACGCUCGUUACUAGUAUCUCAGUUGAUCCCACUCUCUACAAGAAUGGGCAAACGGGGCGGUAAGAAAGGUGGUCGAGGCGGAGGCCGAGGCGGCGGCGGCCAUCGCCCGCGACAAGACAACCGAACAAAUAAAGCAGAGAUCAGUCGGUACAAUGAAAAGUUCGAAGAAUACUACAACCAACUUGGGAUCAUACCGGAGGAGGAGCGAUCGGAUUUCUGGGAGGCGAUGCGGAGGGAUUUGCCCAACAGUUUCAGGUUCACUGGUUCCAAAGCGCAUGCUCUAGCUGUCCAGCAACGACUGCGCGACUACUAUAUCCCCGAGAUUACAUCCAUCACGUACGAAGGCCAAUAUGUCGAAGCCCCCCGACCGGUCGAAUGGUAUCCGGAUCAACUGGCGUGGUAUAUGACCACUCCCAAGAACGUCAUUCGUCGGUUCAAGCCCUUUGCGAACUUCCAAAAGUUCUUGGUGGCAGAAACAGAUGUCGGCAAUAUCACUCGACAGGAAGUGGUCAGCAUGAUUCCACCGUUGCUGAUGGACCUGAGACCGGGCAUGACAGUCUUGGAUCUAUGUGCCGCACCGGGCAGUAAAUCUGCGCAAUUGAUUGAAAUGAUUCAUGCGGGUGAGGAGGAAAGGUGUAGACAAGUCGCUGCAAACCUUGCUAAAGGCUUGGACAGACCUGAAGGAGAAGAUUAUGAAGAUGAUGGCCGUGCCACUGGUCUGCUCAUUGCCAACGAUGUCGACUACAAGCGAGCACACAUGCUGGUGCACCAAGUCAAGCGACUAAGCUCACCCAAUAUCCUUGUCAGCAAUCACGACGCGACCAUCUUCCCCUCCAUCAAGGUCUCACCUAGCCGCACCGAGGAUGGAAAGCUUAUUCAGAAUAGAUAUCUCAAAUUCGAUCGAAUUCUAGCAGAUGUGCCUUGUUCUGGCGACGGCACGGUGAGAAAGAACAUGGAGAUCUGGAAGAAGUGGGCGCCCAGCAACGGACUCGGUCUGCAUGCCACGCAGGUUAGAAUCUUGAUUCGGGCGUUGCAGAUGCUGAAAGUGGGCGGUCGAGUGGUCUAUUCCACGUGCAGCAUGAAUCCGGUGGAAGAUGAAGCAGUUCUCGCCGAGGCAAUCAACCGAUGUGGAGGUUCAGACCUAGUUCAGUUACUCGAAACGAAGGAUUAUCUGCCUGGGCUCAAGCGAAGUCCAGGGUUGAAGAAGUGGAACAUCAUGGACAAAGCUGGUCGGGUUUGGAACGACUACGAGUCUGUGCUGAAACAGAAAGAAACAGUGGGUGAGGAGGGCCUCGGCCGUCUGGCUGAGAGCAUGUUUCCGCCGAAGAACGACUUGCCUCUUGACAGAGCUAUGCGCGUGUAUCCCCAUAAGCAAGACACGGGAGCAUUCUUCAUUGCCAUUCUUGAGAAGCGGUCCGAAAUUAAGGCCAGGCCAGAAGAGAAACCCGCUGUUGUCGCCCCGGAGCCCACCAAAGUGGAAGCUGCCGACUUCAAUUCAAAGAGUGUCGAGCUGGAAACGGCCCCUGAUGGCACGGUGGAAAAGGUCAAUGGCACAACGCCCGUAGAUGCAGACUCACCGGUCAAGAGAAAACGGUCACCUGCAGAGGACGAGGAAGAGGCCCAUCCGAUAAAGAGAGUCAAGAGUGAGGAGCAGCCGGCUGCAGGCACUGAAGCCGAUAGUGAACCAGGUCCAGCACCAACAACAGCCACGAACGGCUCUGUGCAGAAUGCAGCAGACUCUCAACCCAAGCAGGACCAGCCAAACAAUGCCCAGAACCCAUUCAGGAAGAGGAACCGUGACCAACCGUUCGAAGAACCGUUCAAAUACCUCUCCCCAUCAAUCCCUGAACUGGCCGAAAUCAAAGAGUUCUACAACCUGUCACCCCGGUUCCCGAACGACAGAUACAUGGUCCGCAACGCUCAAGGCACUGCGACCAAGAACAUAUACUACACCAACGCGCUUGCCAAGGAGAUCCUUCAAGAAAACGAAGGCAAAGGUUUGAAGUUUGUGCACGCCGGGGUGAAGAUGUACGUCAAGCAGGACGCACCAGCUCCGGACAUUUGCCCCUGGCGAAUUCAGACCGAUGGUUUGCGCCUACUCGAAGCGUGGGUCGGCCCUGAGCGGAUUGUCAAACUGCGCAAGAAGGAGACUUUGAGAAGGUUGUUGAUUGAGAUGUUUCCCCGAUUCAAUGGCGAAGAGUACAAAAAGCUCGGCGAGGUUGGCGAGCAGAUCUUGCCCUUGAAGAUGGGUUGCUGCGUGCUUGUCGUCGAGCCGAGUGAUGCCGAAGAUGGGCUAAGCGAAAGGAUGGUCUUUCCGCUCUGGAAGUCGCUCCAAAGCGUCAACCUGAUGCUGCCCAAGGAAGAUCGGCGGGCCAUGUUAUUACGGCUUUUCAAUGACGAUACCCCGCUGGUGAAUCUGAGUAAAGGCUGGGUUGGAAAGAAGGAUGGAGCGGAGAAAAAGGCCGACGAUUCGACGGAGAAGCCUGCAGCGGCUGACUCUAUGGAUGUUGACCCUAAGCCAGCCGAUGAUGAGCCAGAGGAUGCACCAGCGGCUCGAGUUCGCAACAGCAGCUCUCCCGAAUCCGAAGUCGGCACUGUGCUACCUAAUCCUGAGGCAGCGUCUGCAGACGAAGAAGAUGGCGGUGUUGAAAUCUCUUGAUAUGCCGGGAAAUACUCUCUUCGAUUUGCUGCCGGCCUAGAACCUCUACAAUACUAGUAGCUGAUAAUAUGACCAAAUGACACUACUGUAUCUGGAUGGUCUCUUGUAUCUCUACCUUUGUGCGUAAAUAUCUAUGUCCUGAUUGUCUGGUCAAUUCUCGACUGGGUGGUGCAAACCGAAGAAGAAAGAAACGACAGAUAACCAAUUCCGUGUCGUGAUCUUUAAGAUAUGUAGUUGUUACACCAACUUUGAUAAGUUGUUGGUCAAAUGUUUAUACACAUUUCCAGUAGGACAUGAAAUGCUUUCA